CCAGUACUGCCAGAAAUUAACGAACCCAAAAGUCAUACAAAACAUUUGUAAAUUUUUAUCUAAACCAAAAACGACCUACACGCCAAUAAAAGAAAGAUCAUCGCGAGAUUGUUUAUAUAACCAUUAACUAACCAUUAACCAUUAACUAUACAUAUUACCCACUGAUUAUCACCAUGGCCCUGGAGCAGAUUUGUGGAAUGGAUAAGCCAGAGUUUAUGAAGGGAUUUGGAUCUCUUUCCUCCGAAAGGACAAUCGAACAAAUCAAACUGGCGUCGAGUAACUUGGAUAAUCCCUUCGCAAUAAUGGCGCCACCAUUCGAAAGACCCCAGGAACGUCUUAAUGAGCUGGCAGUCCAGAAUAAUUUAAGGAUAGACUUUAAUCAUGGAACUACCACCCUAGGAUUCAUUUACAAAGGUGGCAUUAUUCUGUGCGUAGAUUCGCGGGCCACGUCGGGAAAAUUUAUUGGAUCGCAGACCAUGCAGAAAGUGGUGCAGGUAAAUAAAUAUAUGCUGAGUACAAUGGCCGGCGGUGCGGCGGAUUGCACCUACUGGGAUCGGGUUUUGGCCAGGGAGAGUAGACUCCACGAACUUAGGUAUAAAGAGCGACUGUCCGUCCGAUCUGCCGCCAGAUUUAUUUGCAACGUGGCUGCGGAAUACAAAGGCACGGGUCUCUGCAUGGGAAUGAUGUUGGCCGGUUGGUCCACUGAAGGACCCAGCUUGGUUUAUGUGGAUUCCGAGGGACUCCGCAUCCAUGGAAAGGUCUUCGCCGUAGGCAGUGGUGCCUCGUAUGCACUGGGAAUCCUGGAUACUGACUAUCACCACAAUCUCACCGACAAGGAGGCCUACGAUUUGGCUUUUCGUGCAGUGUAUCAUGCCACCAUGAAGGAUAUUUUCUCGGGCGGUUUGGUUAGACUCUACCACAUGAACCAGAGUUCCUGGAGAAAUGUGGCCAACAAAGAUUGCCAGGAGUUGCAUGAGAAGUACUCAACAAGUGUAAAUAAUCGUGAAGUUCCGGGUGAUGAACGCACACUUUAAGGCUUGUUAAAUCUGGUUAAGAAUUUAAAUCAUUACUAUAAAGAAUAAAAUCAGUAUAUUUAAACACA